ACAGCAUAAAACACCAUUUCAAAUCCUGUCCUCAUCCAAAGCACAAGCCAGCAGGUCCAGCACACGCAGCAGGCAGCACCGGACCCGUGCGCUGCCCCCGCCCCUCGGCCUCCGAUCCCAGCAACUCCGGCGAAUCGGCGACCGCUCCAGCGAGGCAGCGUCAGCCAUGAGGGAGAUCCUGCACAUCCAGGGCGGGCAGUGCGGGAACCAGAUCGGGGCUAAGUUCUGGGAGGUGAUCUGCGACGAGCACGGCAUCGACGCCACGGGCCGGUACGCGGGGGACUCCGACCUCCAGCUCGAGCGCAUCAACGUCUACUACAACGAGGCCAGCGGGGGGCGGUUCGUGCCGCGCGCCGUGCUCAUGGACCUCGAGCCUGGGACCAUGGACUCCGUGCGCUCGGGCCCCUUCGGCCAGAUCUUCCGCCCCGACAACUUCGUCUUCGGCCAGUCCGGCGCCGGGAACAAUUGGGCCAAGGGGCACUACACCGAGGGCGCAGAGCUCAUCGACUCCAUCCUCGACGUCGUCCGCAAGGAAGCCGAGAACUGCGACUGUCUCCAGGGAUUCCAAGUUUGCCAUUCUUUGGGAGGAGGCACUGGAUCUGGCAUGGGCACCCUUCUUAUUUCUAAGAUUAGGGAGGAGUAUCCUGAUAGAAUGAUGCUGACCUUCUCUGUCUUCCCAUCACCAAAGGUUUCAGAUACUGUUGUGGAGCCGUACAAUGCUACACUCUCGGUUCACCAACUUGUUGAGAAUGCUGAUGAAUGUAUGGUGCUUGACAAUGAAGCUCUGUAUGACAUAUGCUUCCGCACACUAAAGCUCGCCACCCCUACAUUUGGUGACCUGAACCACCUUAUCUCUGCUACCAUGAGUGGUGUCACAUGCUGCCUGAGGUUCCCUGGUCAGCUCAACUCCGACCUGCGCAAGCUUGCCGUGAACCUCAUCCCGUUCCCUCGUCUCCACUUCUUCAUGGUUGGCUUUGCGCCGCUGACCUCACGUGGAUCACAGCAGUACCGUGCCCUCACUGUCCCGGAGCUGACUCAGCAGAUGUGGGAUGCCAAGAACAUGAUGUGCGCUGCUGACCCCCGCCAUGGCCGCUACCUCACAGCUUCAGCCAUGUUCCGUGGGAAGAUGAGCACGAAGGAAGUGGACGAGCAGAUGCUCAACGUCCAGAACAAGAACUCCUCGUACUUUGUCGAGUGGAUCCCCAACAACGUCAAGUCCAGCGUGUGUGACAUCCCACCCAGGGGGCUGAAGAUGGCGGGGACCUUCGUCGGGAACUCCACCUCCAUCCAGGAGAUGUUCCGCAGGGUCAGCGAGCAGUUCACGGCCAUGUUCAGGCGGAAGGCUUUCUUGCACUGGUACACCGGUGAGGGAAUGGACGAGAUGGAGUUCACCGAGGCCGAGAGCAACAUGAACGACCUGGUCGCAGAGUACCAGCAGUACCAGGACGCCACUGCCGACGAAGAGUACGACGAGGAAGAGGAAGAGGAGGCCGUGGCCGAAUAGCGAUGAGUUCCCCCGUUCCCUUUCCAAGGCCGCCCAGGGUGUGUACCUGUGAAUGAGUUUGUGUUGCUGUGCUUUCCGUGGCUUGCCUGAUGGAUGGGUUCCAUUGCCAUUGUUGAGGCUGCCGUCUGUGAUUCGUCUGCGAUCGCUGUAAUGUGCUAUGUAGUAGGUCGACGUCCGUUUUUUGUUUCGCAUCCUUGGUCAAGUAGCAUAUGGCUUUGCACUGUGAGUGCUCUCCUGGAGCUGAUCACCUGUAAGUUCUGACGAGUAUUGGUAGUUAUUUUUCAUCUUUUUUGUGAA